CAUGAAUUGGCACGUAAUAAAUUAACCAGUACAUGUUAAUCAUGGAGGGUAUCAUUACCACAUCACGUAUAUCUUUAUAAUCGGAUUUUAGAAUGGGUUAAAUCUAAAUUUAUACUAUCAUACUAUCGCCACUAGAUCGAAUUUCAACAUUACACCCUACAGAUCGCUCCAAAAUGAUGGGCUGGUUCUUCCCAUCGUCAACCGAGACAAAGAAACACCGCAGGUUCGUCUCGGAGCCAAUGGGUGACAAGGACGUCACGGAGCUGCCGGGGAUAGGGGAAGUGUUGGGGGGAAGACUCAGGGACGAAGGGUAUUGCGAAGCCAGCCAGGUUCUCGCUCAGUUCCUCAGGCUGAACAAGGACAAAGCUGCGUUCCAGAGGUGGCUGAAGUGUGUGUGCGACGCCAACUGUAAACAGUGCGAGGACUGCUAUAGAGCCUUGUGUGACUACAGCAACAAAUACAUGGUUACCAACUACUCAUUAUGAGAUUAUUGAACACAGUAAA